CGAAGUCAAAAAAGAAAAUUUUAAGAAAUUUCCUCAAUGUUUUUAACAAUUUCAAUUGUUAUUGAUAAUUAAAUUUUACAGCUACUAUUGAAAUUUUAUAGCGUAUAGUGUAGGCUUUCGUAAAAUUAUAAAGAAACUUAAAACAUUACGAAGAUUGCUGAUAAAAAAUGGAUGACAAUUUGUGGCUCAUAGAAUUAGAGUCUGCUCUGUUGGACGACUGCAAUGUCAAUGAUAUAUAUGCGAUUUGCCAAGGUAAAGCCAUACCAGAGGCCCUAAGGCCUGAUGUGUGGCAAGUGUGUCUGGAUGUAAGACACAAAAGUGAUCAAAUGUCACUGUUCAACGAGAUCUACGACUUGCCUUUUCAAAACAAACUACGCGAAGACUGCCACAAAAUGGUGGAACGCAUAGGCAAUGAGGACGAAGAUAAAGUCUCGGUUUUAUCGGAUUUGGAAUCAAUAUUGACAUUCUAUUGCAAAAAUCGUAAUCUACAAUAUGAAACCGAAAAUGGCUGGAUUGAAUUGCUGCUGCCAUUGUUGGCUUUGAAACUUAAUCGUUCGGAUACCUACAAUCUAUUCGAAGCCAUACGUGACAUCUAUAUACCUAAGGGUUGCAAACCGAAAGGCAAUGUAUUCCAUGUCUUUCGUUUACUCAUCCUUUAUCAUGAUCCCGAACUGUGCACCAUGUUGGAUACCAAAAAGAUUUCGCCAGACUUGUACUCCCAACAGUGGUUUCAGUGCUUAUUUGCCUCUAGUUGUGGUUUUUCGGUGAUUCUUUCCAUGUGGGACUUGUAUUUCCAAAAUGCUGAUCCAUUUUUAGUAUUUUUCUUGGGUUUAAUUAUUUUGAUCAAUGGACGUGAUCAAAUUUUGGCCAUGAAAGAUGCACCCAAAGAAAGUAUUAUUAAAUUCUUGUCCAAUAUGCCUUGCGCCUUGGAUACCGAUGAUGUGGUAGAUUUUUGCUCAUUGGCUCAAUACUAUUCGCUGAAGACGCCCAGUUCUUUUAAAACUGAUUUUCUUAAGGCUCUGUAUGGCAAACAAAAUGAAAAGAGGACCGAAGAGGAACCGUGUCUAGUUUCUCAGGCACUUUGUCUUCCCGUUUCUGUUUAUGAAUUGGUUGAGAAUUCCUCAAUUGAAUUGACAUCACCAGAUGCUGUGCGCUUCUUCUUAGUCGACUGUCGACCAGCAGAUCAGUAUAAUGCCGGCCAUCUAUCUACAGCUUUUCAUUUAGAUUGUAAUUUAAUGCUGCAAGAACCUGUAGCCUUUGCUACAGCCGUCCAAGGUUUGCUCUCAGCUCAACGUCAAUCAAUAGAAGCCAAUUCCAAUGCAGGCGGUGAACAUUUAUGUUUUAUGGGCAGUGGCCGUGUCGAGGAGGAUCAGUAUACACACAUGGUUGUAGCCUCAUUUCUACAAAAGAACACACAAUAUGUGUCUCUUCUGAGUGGCGGCUACAAUGCUAUACACGACUAUUUUGGUGAUCAUAUGGCUGACUGUUUGGAGGAUCAUGAUCCUAAAAAAUGUAUGGUAUGCAGUAAGAGUAGCUCCACACAAAUUCAGGGUGUGCAGAUGAGAUCAAAGGCGGGUCAAGCGAAAAGAGAUGCGGCCAGUAAACAAGGAUCUUCGUCGGAUUUCUUUAAUCGCUUCUCGCAGGUUAUGAAAUUGAAAUCAGCUGAAGUUAAAGGUAAACUAUUGGACAUUAUAGUCAAUCCAGCAAAUGGUGCUAGUGCCACAACAGCCACCGCAGAGGCAGGAAAUCAAGGAGCUGUACAACAACGCCACGUUUCAGCAGCCGAUAGAAAUGGCAAACGUUAUCGUAAUGUGGCUCCCGUAUUCAGUAUUGAUGACGAACAUGACGGUGAGUUGGAAGGCGGCCAUAACACACAAGAUGAACAUAGGGAUUCGCCGGCAAAUGCUGCAACAAAACUGCCAGGUGAUGCUAAAGAAAUUGUUACCCUAAAUAACUAUUUGAAAUCUCCAGACAUUAUGAACGCCUUUAAAUGCCAAGAGGUGCACAUCAAUGGCUACAUGUAUGACUCGCAUUUGAUUAUAACACCCACACACUUGAUUGUAUUGCGUGAGUUGGGCAAAGGGCAGGCCCAGAUUAUAGUGCGACGACCGUUGGCGAGUAUUGUUAAAAUUACCGCCAAGAAAAGGCAUCGUGAUUUAAUAACAUUCAAAUAUGGAUUUCCCGAUGGCGAUGGUCUGCUCAUAACCGAUAUGGAUCGUUUUCUAAUACCAAACGCUAGUGAAGCUACAGCUAUAGUAUCUAAGCAUAUUGUUCAGACAUUGGAUGGUUCUAAAUUAACGUAAUUGUUGUGUAAUUAUACGUAGAAUCUAGAAUAAAUGAAAAACGUUAGCGCAAGAAAUCCAA